AUGGCCAGUGACACCAAGCCUGCCUCCACCUUCCGGUAUGGCGAAAAACCAGUAUACACCACGUCCAAUGGCUGCCCCGUAGAAAGCCCGCAGAAGUUCCAGCGCAUCAGCAAUGGUCCGGUCCUCCUCCAGGACUUCCAUCUGCUCGACCUGCUUGCCCACUUCGACCGAGAACGUAUUCCCGAGCGUGUUGUCCACGCCAAGGGUGCCGGCGCGUACGGCGGCGACCUGACCUCGGUUGAUAUGCUCAAUGGCGUCGGCAAGAAGACGCCACUCGUCGCCCGUUUCUCAACCGUCGGCGGCGAGAAGGGCUCGGCUGACACGCCCCGGGACCCUCGAGGCUUUUCCCUCGAGUUCUAUACGCAAGAGGGCAACUGGGACUGGGUCUACAACAACACUCCAGUCUUCUUCAUCCGAGACCCGACCAACUUCCCAGUCUUCAUACACACGCAGAAGCGAAACCCCCAGGCCAACCUUAAGGACGCCACCAUGUUCUGGGACUACCUCUCAACCCACCAGGAAAGCGUCCACCAGGUGAUGACGCUCUUCUCGGACCGCGGGACCCCCUACUCGUACAGGCACAUGCACGGCUACUCUGGCCACACGCACAAGUUCACGAAGCCCGACGGCUCCUUCGUCUACGUGCAGACGCACUUGAGGACGGACCAGGGAGUCAAGACGUUUACUAACGAAGAGGCCGGCAAGAUGGCGGCCGAGAACCCGGACUGGAACACGCAGGACCUCUUCGAGGCGAUCCAGCGCGGCGAGUACCCGAGCUGGUCCGUCUUCAUCCAGUGGAACAUCUUCGACCUAACCAAGGUAUGGCCGCAGGCCGAGGUGCCGCUCCGGCCUGUCGGUAAGUUCACGCUCAACAGGAACCCGGAGAGCUACUUCGCCGAGAUCGAGCAGGUCGCCUUCUCCCCGUCCCAUCUCGUCCCCGGUGGGUGGCUCUUCUCGUACCCGGACACGCAGCGCCACCGGCUCGGCGUCAACUACCAGCAGAUCCCCGUCAACGCGCCGCUCAACGCCUUCAACCCGUUCCAGCGCGACGGCGCCAUGGCCGUCAACGGCAACUACGGCGCCAACCCGGGCUACCCGAGCAGCUACCACCCGCUGACGUACAAGCCCGUGUCGCCCGCGCUAGCCGCCCACGAGCAGUGGGCCGGCUCCGUCGUCAACGCCGUUUUUGCCGAGGUCGGCCCCGCUGACUACGUGCAAGCUGCGGCGCUGUGGCAGGUUCUAGGCCGGACGCCUGGCCAGCAGGACAACUUUGUCUACAAUGUCGCCGUGCACUUGUGCGGCGCGCAUGUCGACACCCGUGAGCGCACGUACGGAAUGUUCGCCAACGUCGACGCGGGCCUAGGCGCGAGGAUCCGGGAAGAGACGGAGAAGAAUGUCAAGAAGUAA